AUGUCCCGGUCCCCGGGAAUGGCGUCACCCGGAGGGUACUCCUCCGGUAAUCCGUCGGGAAUUAAUUCCCCUAGCGUGCAUUCGGGGGUUAAGCGGCUUUCCCCGGAGGAUCGCCAACGGCUAGCUAAUAUGCUGCGCGCGCUGCAGCUGCAGCAGCAAGCGCACGCGGAAGCGCAGCCUCCAGCCUCCGGGGAAGCUAGCGCUGGCGCAAGCAGGCCGGCUGAAGACGGAGCGGAACGGCCCGCGGACGCUGGCGCGGAGAGGGGCGCGGACAUGGCGGUGGAUGCGCCGGCGUGCGCGCAGGGGCGGGAGCGGGAGAGGCAGGGGCGCGAUAUGGCGGGGGCGAAUGGGGAAGCAGCGGGGACGUGGGCCGAAUCGCCGUCGUCUCCCCCUCCUGGGGGCGCCAUGAGUCGCAAGGACAUUCUAGAAAUAGUGCGCAAGCACUCAGGCGCGCUGGUGCGGCCAGCGGCGUCGAGGGACGGGGCGGGAGCGGAGGCGGCGCAGACGGCGCUGAUGAUGGACCGGCAGUACUGGCGCGAGAUGGCGGACCUCUUCUUUGUGCGCGGCGUGCAGCUGCGGGGGGAUGCCACCCAGGACGGGUCGUUCCGGGACGUGGUGUUCUUUGUCAGAGACGAGGUGGUCGAGGUGGGUCUGAUGUACCAUUGUGGCGUGGUGUCGUUGCUUCCAUGGUUUCUCUCCCACUCGCCCAUCCGUCUCAUUCUCACGUGCCAUUUUCUCCCACCCAUCCCUCCCACUCACCCAUCCCUCCCACUCACCCAUCCCUCCCACUCACCCAUCCCUCCCACUCACCCAUCCCUCCCACUCACCCAUUUCACCCACUCAACCUUACCCCCCACUCACCCAUCCCUCUCACUCACCCAUCCCUCCCACGUACCCAUCCUCUCUCCCAUGCAGUCGCCUGCAGCAACACCCCGCCAGGCAGAUGGUGGGGGAAACGACAUGGGGGGCACGGCAGGCAGGGGAGAGGGCAUGGAGGCAGUGGAGAGACGGCGGCCCUACUUCGCCCGGCGCAGGCAGAGCAGCGUGAGUGACAACCUUGCAUGUGAUGGUCGUCAUUGGGGAAUGUCUGUCACCUUGCCUGGUAACUGCGCCAUGCUUGCCGUGUUCCACGCCUGUCUGCCAUGCCUGUGUCUGCCAUGCCUGUGUCUGCCAUGCCUCUCUACCAUGCCUCUGGGGGAGAUUCUGGGCGGCAGUGGGGAGAGCAUAGACUGGCGGCGCACCUUCUAUCUGAACCUCAUCUGCCACACCGACUACUCGCUCACCAUCGCCGUCUGCAGUCGCACGGCCCUGGAGAACCAGAAGCGGUCAGGACGAGCCGUGCCGCCCAUAAUGAAGGUGACGAGGCGAGCAUACGCCUCCCCCAGUAGAGCCCUCAUCGACACCAGCCUCCCUCUGCCCCCGUCAACGUCCCAGGACCCAGAGGUGACAGAGGCGUAUCCCAACAUCUGCUUCGCCAUUGACUCCUCUGACCGCGCCUUUGAGUCCGUGGUGCUGAGGGGCAGCGACCACUGCUUCUGUGUGCUGCUGAGUGCGCACAGAGGGGCGGCCUUCCCUGCCCAGGACACCGUUGAGAAGACCCUCGCGGACGGGCAGCGCCGCGUGCUGCAGCGCGGCACUAGCAGCGAGGCUAAAGUGCUGGGGGAGGCGUCAGGGGACGGGCCUAAGAUCACACUCUUCUCGGGCUUUGUGAGCUACCCCAUGCUCAAGACCUCCUUCCAAGGUCUCUUCUCCAUGUUUGGAUCCGCGUCCCCCUCCCCCAUGAAACCAGCGGGGCUGGUUCUCCCCGGGCUGGUUCUCCGUGGCCCUGGAGGCAAAGGAGCCGCCAACCUCGCAGUCUGCCCCCUCCCCCUCCCCCCACUCCCCCCCAAGCCCCCUCUCUCCCCCCGCCCGCCGCUCGCCCCCAAACCCCCUCUCUCUCCCCGCCACCCCUCUCGGACCCACCCUUCUCGCCCUUCCCACUCUUCUCACUCUCAACCUUCCUCCCGGUUCCAGCUCCCACCAUCCCAACAGCCUCUUUCCCCCUCCGCCCGCUCCCAACAGCCCCCUUCUUCCCUCUCCUCGCCCACCCAUCCCAACUCCCCCCCACCGCAACAAUCACCCACUCACCCCUCUCACCUAUCUCCAACCAGCCCCCCCCAGCCAUCACCCACCAGCCCAUUACACCCAAGCCGCCCCCCACCGCCCAAUAGCCCUCCAAACUCCAAUCAAUCACCAUCAUCGGAUAAGCCAUUACCAUCCAGCCGUCCAUCCAGCGUUCCGGUGCAAUCUGGCCGUCCAUCGAGGCCGUUGCAUCGGCGCAUGCCGUCACUGCAGGAGCUGCAGAGCAAGCUGUGGGCCGUGCAGGCAGAGCUCAUGGACCUCCUCGAGUUGGAGGCUCAAUCCGCUGCCACCACUGUCGCCGCCGCUGCUUCUGCUGCCGCUGCCAACACUGUCGCCACCGCCGCCACCGCCGCCGCUGCCGCCGCUGGUGCUGCCAGUGCUUCUGCUGAUGGUGGUGGUGGUGGUGUGGCCAAAGCUGUGAAUACGGAUGGUGCCGGUACUGCAGCUGCUGGUGGUUAUCGAGAUGCACGCACCUUCCAGCAGCAAUUCCCCUCCUCCCUUCCCCCAGCAAAGCCCGCAAAGGAGGAGGCAAGGAGGCUGCGGCUGCUGGAGCUACAAGGGGAGCUGCGACUGGUGCAGGAGCAGCUGCAGAUGCUGCAGUCUCAGAGCAAGGGCAAGCGCCCGCACCCCUCCGAUCACCACCACCGGCAGCGGCCCCCGCCGUCCCGAUCCAUGCAGGCCUCUCGGGGCAAAGCGAGAGUCAGUGGCAACACUGGUGGGGACGGAGGAGGGUGUGGGGAAGGAGAGGAAGGGGGGCUUGAGGGCAGUGAGAGCAGUGGCGGGUCGUCGAGGCUGUUGCAGCGGCCAGUAGUGGCUUCCCCGCCAGUAGUGGCCACCCCUAGAAGAGCCAUGGUGCACCAGGAUGGAGACAGCCCCACUGCCAGACACCCACAUGGCCACACUGCUUCAGGUGGAUCCUCAGGAGAGUCACCUGAAGGAUCACCUGGUGCCCGUGGCUCAGGUGGUGGCAGCAGAGCAGGGAGCGGCAGGGCUGGUGGCAGCAGCAGCCGUUCCCCUGGAGGUGGUGGUAACAGCAGUGGUGGUGGUAGCGGUAGUGCUGGUGGUGGCAGUGCGGGUGGUCUUGCUGCGUCAUUGCUACAAGGAGGGAUUGGUAGAGCAGCAGGAGGAGGAGUGGUGAGAGAGGAGCCUCUGCGGUGCUGCCUAGCUUCCCUCUCCCUGCCCUGGGAGUCACUCGCCUUUGACCUCCUCUUCAAGGUACCAUCGCUUUGCCAUCUCCUUACCAUCUCCUUCACUCACUCACGAGGUCCCCUGAUGAGGUCUUGCUCUACAACUCCCUGCAAGUCGGCCAUGAAGUAUACGAAGUGGGAGACUCGGUAUUAUUGA